AUGACACUUACAUCACACCACAUCCAUGUACUUCAUAACAAAUUCCCUGCUCAAGGAAUUAACGAUACUCUCUGGAUACAUGCACCAUUCUCCUUAUAUCAUGCUUGGAUUACAUUCCUCUUUAUGCUUAGUUUAUUUGCUGCCUUUACACCGGAAAAAACUGACGACGAUGACGACAAACAACCAAAAGUUUAUUUAAAGGUUUUGGUAUUCUUUGCUUUACUCACACUUCAAAUAAUUGCCAGCAAUUACAUUGAAAAAUUCAAAGGUGAUGUCGCUGGUGCACUUGUCAUCGCUGGGGCUUUAUACGGUAUCUUUGCUGCUCAAGAUGAUCCCUUCAUCCAUUGGACAUCUCUUUUCUUUGCUAUUUGUACCUCAAUCCACAUUGUCAAACCAUUUGUCAAAAAGUACUUCUUUCAUUCGUCGGCAGAACAUGCUCCAUUAUUAGAUAAAAAAAUGAGCGAAAAAGAAACAUUUAAAUAUUUGGAAAGUGGUGGAGAUGUAUUACAAAGUGUAGAUUUGUUUGACCUGGUAAAAGAUAUAUUAGCAUUACCUAGAGACGAGAUAAUCAAUAGUGUUAGGACAUCACAAACGAAUUCACAGGCGCUAACUAUUAGGCGUCCAAGUCAACCUUGUAAUUUCAUGCCAAACAAUCAUGAAUCAACUUUAAAAUUGGUGUUACAAGAUCUACAUAAUUUGAUAAAAGAAGCCAAUGCAGUUUACGAACAAAAUCCCUUAAGAAUACAAAGCUUAUGUGAUUCAAUUUUUUCGGAUAAUCUUUAUCGCAAUUUACGAAGAACUGAUCUUUUGAAAAACUUGAAAUAUUUUCUCCCGAUAAUAUUAUAUAUAUGGAAGCCAAAUGAAUUAAAUAUCGAUUACGAGAAUGUAAUCAGGGCUUUGAUACUUGUAGAAACAGGAAAAGAUUUUAUAAUACCUUUGGUAGCAAAUAGUCCACAAAUGUUUCACGAGUUUACAGAUAUUCUUUUGAAACUUCAUAAAUACCUUCCGCAAAAAUUAAAAUCUCGUAUUAGGGAUAUGAUACAUAAUAUGUGUUUACUUACUGAUGAACUUGCAAUUGUAGUCCGUAUGAAGUUAACCGAUCUAAAAAUAUUUCCAGAUCUUGCCUUAAAAUUGACAUUAGACCAAGGAGGUGAUGUUCCAUUAUAUUUGAAUGGUAUUUUAUGUAGAAACCCCAAAUGGCUUCUUACAAAUGAAGUUCAGUAUGAGACGAUAAUGACAAUAAAACAAAGAUUAUUGAUUGUUGUGAGAAAAUUACUUAAUGAUAAAACCACACCACAUUCAAGUCAUCGAACAAGAUUUUGUAUUGUAAUGAGAUGUUUAUGUGGCCUUGUUUGUAUAUUCAAAGUGAGUUUUGAUCAUAAUGAAUUAAUAGAUUGUCUUAAUGUGCUGAGAUUAGAAGAAUUACAAAAGGAAAUGAGGGGCUAUUUUAUAGAUAGUAAAUUGGCGAGAAUUGCAUUAGAAAUUGAGCCGGAUACUUUUGAUGGAUUAGGGUUAUCAAAGGAUUCCCAAUAUAUUUCUUUUAAAUGCUUUUAUACAAUGAUUAAAGGUAGCGUUUUUCAGAUAGGUAAAGUUGAUAUACAACCAUGGAUAUACAACCAAAUAAUGCAGGCUACUACUCCUAUCCAUUUUCAAUUGGGUCCAUUAAUAAAAGCUUAUGCACAAAGUAUAUUUGAGGGAUAUUUGGGAGAACCGUCACCAAUAACGAAAAUACCUGAAAAUAAAAUUUUUGGAUUUUUUCAAGAUAAUCUUAUUGAAAUCACCGCAGCUCAUGUGUUAUUGUUUUAUUUUGUAUUAGCAUAUAAUAAAGUUGUAAAAGACAUGAAAAUAUCAUGCGGACAACAAUCUAUUACUAUUGAUCCUCAAAAGUCAGCAUAUACACCUCGAUUAACGGAGGCAAUACCUGUAAGAAGAAUUUUAUUUUUGACAGAAAGAUGUGAUAAUGGAGUAGCAUAUCGUAAUAUUUAUCCAGACUUAUUAGUAUAUAUUACUAACUAUUAUCCAGAAAUAUUUGAUAUUGAAAGUCUUUUAAUGGAUGAAGAUCGUCGUCGUCAUGAAAGUGAAGUUUAUGAAUUAUUGGAAAUUGCUGUUUUAAAUUUUCAUAACACUGUUGAAAAAACUGUAUCAGCCUUAAAAUGUUUAGAAACAAUUCCACCUGAGGAUCUGUAUUCAAUAUCAGAACCAUUCUUAUUAUAUUUUCUUCCUAAAGCACUUGAAUCAAAUGUAGAUGUUCGUAUUUUAGAAUCAAUUCAACAAAUUUGGCUAUCACUCUAUAGUAUAAAUCCUCACGAAAUUACUUUAUUAUUUAUUAAUGCUACACGUGGUGAAGAUGAUCAAAACAUUAGAUAUAUGGAGAGAGAUAUUAUGUUGGAUCCAUCGAUUGUUUUUCGUUGUAAUAUUAAAAUUUUCAGGUGUCCUCUAAUAUUUAAAAUUUUUUUAAGGACACUACGGUUUUAUACGGUUGGGUCACGCAAUCGAUUGAAACGACUAAAUGAGGAAGAACUUAAUCGUGGAAAGGAUGCACAUUCAACACAAAAAUUGGAAUAUUUAAUUAAUAUUCAAGAGACCAUGUAUUUAAACAUGUUAUUAGAGAUAUGUAUAAGAAAUAAGAAUGAAGAUGAUAAAAACAAAGGCGCAUUAGAGGAAAUUCGUGUAUUGACAUUUGGAUUUUUACAUCAAAUAUUUAUUGAAAAUCCAGAAUUGUUAAAAAGUUUACACUUUGCGGGAUAUUCUAUUGACUUACUUCCUUUGACCACAAAUCCUCAAAAACAAUUAUUUGGAUUGAAUUUAGCAGGACAAUUAUGUGAAGUUUGGCCAAUGACCAAAACAUAUGAAAUAGCAAAAGAUUCUAUGUUACCAACGAUCAAACGAAUAGUUUUAGAAUUGAGGGAGGAUACAUUAAGUAAAGAAGCAAUGCAAAUAUUACCUUUAACAGUUUUGAUAUAUAAUAAAUUUCAAAAUUUACAAAAAGAAGUUAUUAAUCUAUUAAGAGAUUUAGAAAAUAAUUUUCGUUCACGUAAUAACAAUUGUUCAUUAACAUUUGGAAUAAAAAGAAGUUCACAAAUAUUUAUAGCAAAUUUAUUACAACAAAUUAACGAAAGACCAAGGCUUAAAGAUAAUCAAAAACAAAAAUUUUUUUCACAUCUACAAAGUUUUAGAAAAUCGAUCGAUAUGUUAAAAAUUGAAUAA